CGGCGGGCGCACAGGAAGGGGCGGGGCUAUGAAUACUGAGUCUCUCCGCGGAUCUCGCGACAUCGGUAGAUCGCGGAAGCGCAGUGUAAGCAGGAUGCGGUUCCUGGUUGUGGUGGUCCUGUUGAGCGUUGCGGCGGCAGGAGCCGUGCUGCCCAACCCUCCCUCAUCAGCCGCCGAAAAACUCUUCAGUCUGGGAAAACGAGAGACUGCAGCAAGAAACUCCAACGCGCCUGCCUCAAGCCAGCUGUCUGAGGAUCUCUACCCACCCACUCUGGAACAUCAUUCUGUGAAAGAUAACCCUGCCAAGUUGAAGUCGCAGCACGAAUCCACAGGAGAGGAAUCCACAGGAGACAACUCGGGCAAAUCAAAUAAGGAGCACCAGUCUGGGAAAGAUACUUCUGACAAGUCGGACCCAGAGCACCAGAACGCCAAAGAUACUUCUGACAAGUCGGACCCAGAGCACCAGAACGCCAAAGAUACUUCUGACAAGUCGGACCCAGAGCACCAGAACGCCAAAGAUACUUCUGACAAGUCGGAUCCGAAGCAGCAGUCCACCAAAGAUACUUCUGACAAGUCGGAUCCCGAGCAACAGUCCGCCAAAGAUACAUCUGAUAAGUCGGAUCUGGAGCAUCAGUCUGCCAAAGAUAGUUCUGGCAAGUCGGAUCUGGAGCACCAGUCUGGGAAAGAUACUUCUGACAAGUCGGAUCCGGAGCAACAGUCCGCCAAAGAUAGUUCUGACAAGUCGAAUCCGGGGCAUCAGUCUGGGAAAGAUACUUCUGACAAGUCGGAUCCAGAGCACCAGUCCGCCAAAGAUAUUUCUGGCAAGUCAGAUGGGGAGCAGCAGUCCUCAAAAGACAAUUCUGGCAAGUUGGAUCUGGAGCACCAGUCCACGGAAGACGGCUCCAACAAGCCAGUCUCCAACCCCUCCUCUCAUAACAAGGAGCCCACCAAGCCUGACUUAAGCACACUCACUGACAAAGGAGAGACCGCUCCUCAUGCUUCCAGAACUGAAUCUGGGGAAAGUGUAUUACUGGACUCUGACUCCACUUCUCCCCAGCAGGAGGGAGAAAGUAAGUCUUCAAAACCUGCUGAAGACGUGAAGCCCAAGAAAACUGUGGAAGGUGAUACAGAGCUUGAAGAGGGUUCUCCACCCAAAGAAAAAGAAGUGCUUGGCCCUGCCUCUAGAGGGAAUCAUGAGGGGACACUUUUGGAUUCCAUGAGUAAUGAGAAGGACGACCUUUAUAAAGACCAUCUUGGAAGUGCCAGUGCAGAGAGCAGCCAUUUCUUUGCAUACUUGGUGACUGCAGCCAUUCUUGUUGCUGUCCUCUAUAUUGCCUAUCACAACAAGCGGAAGAUUAUUGCUUUUGUCCUGGAAGGAAAAAAAUCCAAACUCACUCGGCGGCCAAAGGCCAGUGACUAUCAGCGUUUGGACCAGAAGAUUUGAUUUUUCUGUUUUUGAAAACUGUGU